AUGCUCGAUGAUUCAUUAAUGGAUGUGCGAGCAGUUUUUAGUUGUGUUGCAUCGGUAUUCACGGUAUCUGUCAAUGUAGUACCUGCAGUGGCAUUCAACGACGUCGCCGUAGUAUCCACGAAAGGCAAUGAUGUUGCUGCAGAGGUCACGAAGUUAGUCGCUCGAAUCGAAAAGGGAAUCGUUGCUGCUGAGGUUACUCUUGCUGUUUUUGUUGUUCUAGCCGUUGAGGUAAUCGUAGUUCGUCCAUUUCUCGAAGUAGUCGUGGAAGAAACGGUUGCAGUAGUAGUAACCGCGACGGAAGUCGUAGAUUCCAUCGCAGUAAUCGGAGUAGAAAUCGCUGCUGUCGCCUCAGAUUUGGUGGCAGUCGGUGUUGCUGUGGAAGCGAUAGUGGCAAGUGAUGAAGCAGUAGUAAUGCUUUCGAUCGGAGUCGAUGCUCUUGUCGUUGUAGUCGUAAUGGGAAUGUUCGUCGUAAUAGACCCUGGAGAGACCUCGAUAGUUGUAGAAGGAAUAGUUGCUGGCGUGCGAAUCGUUUCAAUAGUUGGAGCUGUUGCAGUAUUCAUAAGUGUCGCCGUGAUCGUCAGUGCAGUUGUGGAACUAACCGUUGUUGCUGUUGUACUACUGGUGGCUGUCGGUAACGUUGGGUCACCAAUAGUGGUACGUGUUGGGGCUGUUGUAGAAUCUUUGGCAGGAGACGAUAUUGUCGUCAUUGUAUUCGUAUAG